AUGUCACAGAAAUACGCUUUGAUUACCGGUGCUUCCUCUGGUAUCGGCUACAGUGUAGCCCGUAUACUUGCCCAAAGGGGAUAUAAGGUACUUGGAUGUGCCCCAGAGAAAGAUCUCCUGGGCAUGGACUCUUUGAAAGAAUAUGGCGUCGUUCCGUUUGCUCUCGAUAUCACCAACAUCGAUCAGAUCAAGAAAGCUGUAGAGUUUGUCCGGGCCGAAACAGGCGGACGUUUGGAUAUCUUGUACAACAACGCCGGCAUAUCUAUCGGUGGGCCUGCUACCGAAAUACCUGACGACGACUUGGUCCGUUUGUUCAAUGUCAAUGUGUUUGGCCAUAUCUACAUGACGAAGUACUUCAUCGGGUUUGUCAUAGCUGCUAAAGGUAGGGUUGUUUUCACUUCUUCGGUUGCGGCUCGUGUUCCGUUAUCUUGGAUCGGAGCAUACUGUGCCUCAAAAGCAGCCAUUGACCUGUAUGCCCAAGCUCUCCGUGUCGAGAUGAAGCCGUUUGGUGUCAGAGUCCACAGUGUAAUCACUGGAGGUGUCAAUACCGCCAUCUGUGAUGUGAACUUUCCCAAAUCUUUUGAAGGUUCACGAUACGACGUCCCAGGCCUUUAUGAUAGCUUGAAAGCUUCAUCUACAAUGUCCAGAGACGUAUGUAUUCAACCAGAUGAAUAUGCCAAACAAGUCAUCCGUGACAUCACCGGAUGGAGAGACCCAGGCUUCAACCUCUACCACGGUGCCAGAGCGUACACUCUCCAUAUAUUGGGACGCUUCUUCCCUGUCUGGUUGGUUGAGUGGGGGAUUGCUUUCCAUUUCAAGCAGUUGAAGCCACUCCGAGAAGUUGCAAGAAGGGCUAAGAAGACAAACACCGCUUGA